GACACGGCAGCGUUGUACAGUGUGAGCAUGGCUGGUACUGAUACAGAGAGGAAACCUGUACUGGAGAUGGUCCAGGCAGAUGGUGCUGAUGACGGCUGUGUUACCUUUGUCCUGCAUGAAGAGGACCACACUCUGGGGAACUCUCUCAGACACAUGAUCAUGAAAAAUCCUGAUAUAGAGUUCUGUGGUUACAGCAUCACACAUCCAUCAGAAAGCAAGAUCAACUUCCGCAUCCAGACUCGAGGAGGACUUCCAGCAACUGAACCUCUGCGCAAAGGCUUGAACGAUCUUACAGACGUCUGUAAACACGUCCUGCACACGUUCGAGACACGGGUAUCAGAGUUUAAAGAAAAACAAGGCGAGGCCAUGGAUUAAUCAGAUUUGGAAGUAAGAAGCGGACGAUCACAUGGGCUUCAUUAGAUGUUGGACUGUUUGGGGGAAAACCCACCGUUCAUCAAAUGGCUCUCAGUUCCUGUUUAAAGUCUUCGGUGUUAGAGGAACUCAUCUGUACAGCACAUUGUCAAGCUUUAGAAACAGUUUUUUUACCGUUGUUAAUUACAUGUUUUUUUUCUCUGCGUGUAUUACAUUUUGCAUUUGUGAUGAA